AUGUUCUACGCACAAUUUGUGCUCUCGAAAAAGGGGCCGUUAGCCAAAAUUUGGCUCGCUGCUCACUGGGAGAAAAAGCUUUCUCGUGCGCAGAUUUAUGAGACAAAUGUUGAUGAGGCUGUUGAGGAAAUAAUGGAGCCUAAGCAAAAAAUCGCCCUACGAACCACAGGACAUUUGUUGUUGGGAAUCGUGAAAAUUUACUCGCGCAAGACGAAAUACCUUCUCGCCGAUUGUAACGAAGCAUUUUUGAAAAUCAAACUCGCAUUCCGCCCGGGACAACUUGAUAAGCCUAACGAACCGACACUCUCAUCGUUUACAAUGCCCGAUGUUUUCGGUGAUUUUGACAUGACGCUGCCAGAUUUCAACGAUGCCGAUUACAUAACAGCGUCAACGACUCGUCUCGAUGAAAUCACACUCAAGGAGGAUCAUAUGACGAAUCUAAAUUCGAACCGAUUCACGGAUUUCGAGAAUGACGACUUUGGAGAAAUGGAAGCUGGAAUAGAUUAUUCGAACUACAAUGAGGAUUUGACUAUGGAGUAUCUUCGAGAUGGAUUUGAUUUGAAUAGUAUUCUUGGAAACGAUAACGGAUCGACUCGCGAGCCAACGCCAUGUUUGGAAAAUGCGCACGCCCCGGGAAAAACUGUUUUCACUGAUGAAGAUAUUGGGGAUUAUGAAGGAAAUGACGAUUUUGAUGAUGCUAUGAGCAUGAAUUCCGGAGUACUGCCAUGCAAUCGAGAAAUGAAUGCCAAGCAAUUGGAAGAAGCCGAAGCCCGACGACUUAGUCGCCAAAUCGACACACCCAUCGAGUACCGCGAUGAUUCGGAAUCACUGGAUAUGAUGCAGUUGGAUAUGAAUGUUGACCCAUAUUAUGAACGUCAGGAACGUCGUAAGAAAAAGAGAAAGCUUAUGGUUGAUGAGUACAAGAAUCUCUCAUCUGAAGAAAUGAAAAACAACAUGAACAAUUAUCGCGAUACCCUCAAUGCUCUCGACUUGUCGCCACCAACAAGAAAAUUGAUGAAGCUCAAAGCUUACGGAACUGUCGAGAAACUCUUCCAUUUGCCGGGAACAAUCUCGCUUAAAGCAAAACCACUAGUCAAGCAAUACCAAUCAAAACUAAUCAUUAACCGUCAUGAUAUGACGGUUCCAAAGAAUGACCGCAUUCGAAGAGAGCUGGGACUUACAGAUGUCGUUGACGACAUUGAGAAUCAUAUGGAGCUCAAUGCUCAGGAGAAUCCGUUCCCGGAUGAGUUUGAUGACGCCGACACGAUUGACUUUGAGAAUUACGAUACCAGCUCGCCAGUGCAGAUUGAGCUCUCAUCGGAAGUCCUUCCGAACUCGCCAGUUCCAGAUGAAACCUCGGAUGACUUCGCGUCACCAACCGAUAAGAAAAAGAGUCGGCGUGAGGGCAGACAAGAAGAAGAAGAAGAGAAUGAAGAUGACAAUCGUUUCUCGAAGAGAACUCAGGCGUUGUUGACGUCCAUCUCCAACAAGAUCAAGAGUGCCGAAGACGAGCAGAUAAUCCUUGACGAUCUGCUCACAAAAGGAGCAACGAGAAAGACUGCGGCACAGAAGUUCUACACGUUGUUGGUGCUGAAAAAGUGGCAGGCGAUCGACGUGCACCAAGAGGCGCCAUAUGACGACAUCUAUAUCACGGCGGGCCCCAACAUUGGCCAAACGCUCCAAUAA